UGUGCCAUUUUCUCCAGAAUAGGAAGAGCAUCACCCGGAGCUUUCGAGGCGAGUUAAUUCGCGCAGACAGUGACACGUACAACAAUGGCACCGUUCGUUUUUUUACACUGAGGACGACGCUUCUGAGCCACAUGAAAACGCGCCCGCUCGGAGGUCCGAGUUUGCCGAACGCUGAGAGGGCGCUUUUAAGUGAGUUGUUGUGUUCGAAUAAUUCCGGUCCGAAAUCAUCAUCAUGACAACGUCGGUGUUCUUCGGCUGCACGUUCAUCGCCUUCGGGCCGGCCGUCGCCCUCUUCGUCUUCACCAUCGCCCGAGACCCGCUGCGGGUCAUCUUCCUCAUCGCCGGCGCCUUCUUCUGGCUGGUUUCACUGCUUCUGUCCUCGCUGGUGUGGUUCAUAGCUGUUCAGAUCAGUGACAAGGAGAGCGCCUCCCAGCAGAAGGGCUUGCUCAUCUUUGGGGUGGUGCUGUCUGUGCUCCUGCAGGAAGUCUUCCGCUUUGGCUACUACAAACUGCUCAAGAAAGCAAAUGAAGGCUUGCUGGCAUUAAGUCAAGAGGACACAAUGCCCAUAUCUAUACGCCAGCUUGCCUAUGUGUCCGGCCUGGGAUUUGGCUUCAUGAGUGGGGCUUUUUCUGUGGUCAACAUCUUGGCAGAUUCCCUUGGUCCUGGCACUGUAGGAAUCCAUGGUGACUCUCAGCACUAUUUCAUUUCUUCAGCCUUCAUGACAAUGGCCAUUAUCCUGCUCCACAUGUUCUGGGGAGUGGUGUUCUUUGAGGCCUGCGAGAAAGAGAAGUGGUGGUCGUUGGCCGUGGUAGUAGCCAGCCACCUGCUUGUGUCGUGUCUGACAUUCCUGAACCCUGUGUACGAAGGCAGCCUUAUUCCCGCGUAUGUGAUAAUGAUGCUCAUGGGCGUGUGGGCUUUCUUCUGUGCUGGGGGCUCGCUGCGAAACCUCAAACUCUGCCUCACCUGCAAGGACAAGGACUUUCUGCUUGCCAACCACCGGCCCAGAUAGCAUGAAGGAAUCAUGCCAGGACAUCCACCAGAAAAGAGAGCAAGUAAACAAGAACACUUUUACCUUGAAAGAUAAGGAAGUGCCGGUCCCAUUAAAGCCCUCUCUUCUUAACUUUUUUGCUUCUAAUUGUUUGUAGUUUGCUGGGUAGGUGAUCACUGGAAGUUUUUGUUCCGCUUACAGUGUUGUCAUGGCAAACGUGGAUCGCAGCAGGUUCCAUUACCGACCCUGUUUCUCAUCCCUCUGAACUCCCAGUGAUAUUGUGCUGUCUGAGGCAAGCCUGCCAGUAGUAAAUGGAGCACCUGAGUGUUCAAGAGUCGGGAUGACUUCAUCCCGAUGGCACGGAGACCCCUCACAUGCUACAGUGCACAGGAAACAUGUGUUGAGCUGUUUUUGCUAGAGUUGUCUAGGUCUGUGUAAUGUCAUUUUAGCCCUUUUAUGUUACUAAAAUUUCCCUGGGAUGUUUGUUGUGGUGGGGCACUUUGUAGUUUUACAUCAGUAUUUCUGUGGGAAUGGUACUCAGACUGUGUUACUGUGCCUUCCUUUAUUCCUUUGUGCUCAACAUUUGCUUUGUAGCUAUACACAGUCACAGGUUCAGAGGUUUUAUUCCUCUGCACCCCUAAAAACCUCACUCUACUAAGAAAUUGAUUAUGGGGUGAAAACAAAGGCUGUUUGCAUAUCAACAAAAAUUUCUUCAUUGUGUUUGACUUUAUAUAAAAAAUUACUCUAAAAUACUCUGUUCCCAGUUUAAGGAUUUACAGUGAGAUAUCCCAUGGUGAUAUUUAUGCACAUUAAUGAAGAUUGUAGUUUUAAUUCAUAUGAUUAUAUACAUUUUUGUUACAGUACAAUUGCAUUAAGGCAUUGUCAGGUCCUUUUUAUGAUCAGCUAGAAGCCAAUUGCUUUUUAGCUUUAGUAAUUUAUAUAGGUAACUACAGUAAACUUGUUGGAGUAGGGUUGCUAGAUCUCACUACAGCAAUGUAGUCUCAUUACCUCAUUUCUGACAACAUGGACAGUACUGCAGUUGUCAUUCCAAAAUGUUUUGCACUUGCUGGCAGUAAAAUUGAGACAUUGAAGUAGGUAACAAAAUACCUUCAUGUAAAUCAGCCUCAAAAAUGCAUUGCUGACUUCUUACCUGAAAUGUUUAACAAUUUUAGGUGCAACUCUGCAGUUAACGUAGCAUUUCGAUUCAUCUCAGUCUGAAUUAUAAGGCACUUUUUACAAACCUUUAAAACUAACCUGUCUUCAUUUUUUUUUUUUUUUAAGUUUGUUGGGCUAAAAUGCUAUUUGCUGUAAAUUUUAAAAGUUGUUUGUAACAGUUUUUUCCAUGGGGCUUGUAGCUGAGAAAAACAGGUUAUGCUAACUACAAAUUUCAGCAUCCAAAUUGUUCUAAUGAAUACCUAGUAUCCAAUAUCCAGCACCCAGGUCUGGUUUAUACUGGAAACACUACUGAAGAAGGCUUUGUUAUAGGGAUCUGAAUAUAUGCUGUGGUGCUGGAACUUUCUUGAUGUGAUACAUCAUGAUGGUGUUUCUUGAUUAACGCCGCUCUGGCUCAGAAGGAAGAGAGCACGACCGAUGAGAGGCCACACCACUAAAUCAGGACAUCUGUCACUCGUGUCAAAGCCACUGGACUUUUUCCCCAUUUUUCUACAGUCACAGGCAAUGCAACAAAUUCAGCAAUAUCUUUCCUCAGGCUAGUAUGUCUAACUCUGCCUCUGAUUGUAUGCAUCUUCCAGGACCUCCUGAAGCAGUCAUUAACAUUUUUAAUGUUCAGGAUACUUUUUGCAUUGGGAAGCUGUGGAAAACCUUAACAAGGUAUUUGAAUAUGUGCUUACUUUCUGGAGUUGUAUUUUCUAACUAAAUGUUAGCUCCAGAUCUGUAUAUAUUGUAUUUACAAAAUGUGGAUUUUGUCUUUACACUAUUAUACAAACUAGGCCUAAUUUUACAGUGCUUUGAUGGUUUUAAUUUUGACAGCUCUUGAGUAUCAAAACCAAACUCCCUAUUCAGUUAAUUUUCUGUACACCCUGUUCUUUAUAGAAGCUGUCAUUUAAUUCCCCCCACUAGGACUAGUUUGUAUUACAGUAAAAUGUGUGGCACUGGGUGCAUUAUGAAAACAGGAGUCCAAUAAAAGAGCUUGA